GGGGCCUGCCUUCCCCGCUCCAGGCCAUGACGAGUCUGUCAUUAAUCAUGCUUGCUCUGGUGACAGGGCAUGUAGGGGGUGAGACCAGGAUCAUCAAGGGGUAUGAGUGCCCCCCUCAUUCCCAGCCCUGGCAGGUGGCGCUGUUCCAGAAGACGCGUCUGCUCUGCGGGGCAACCCUCAUCGCGCCGGGAUGGCUCCUCACAGCAGCGCACUGCCGCAAGCCCCACUACAUAGUGCACCUGGGGGAGCACAGCCUCCAGCAGCAGGACGGCUGUGAGCAGACCCGGACAGCCACUGAGUCCUUCCCCCACCCAGGGUUCAACAACAGCCUCCCCAACAAAGACCACCGCAACGACAUCAUGCUGGUGAAGAUGGGGGUGCCAGCUGUCAUCACCCGGGCCGUGCAGCCCCUCUCCCUGCCAUCGCAGUGUGUCACCGCCGGCACCCGCUGCCUCAUUUCCGGCUGGGGCACCACAACCAGCCCCAAGUUGCAUCUGCCCCAUACUUUGCGAUGUGCCGCCAUCACCAUCAUUGGCUACGAAGAAUGUGCGGACGCCUACCCUGGCAACAUCACAGACACCAUGGUCUGUGCCAGCGUUCGGGAAGCAGGCAAGGACUCCUGCCAGGGUGACUCUGGGGGCCCUCUGGUCUGUAACAGAACUCUGCAAGGCAUCAUCUCCUGGGGCCAGGACCCAUGCGCAGUCACCAAAAAGCCCGGUGUCUACACGAAAGUCUGCAAAUAUGUGGACUGGGUCAAGGAGACUAUGAGGAAGAACAGUUAGAAGGACCAGCUCACCAACACCCAACGGCCCAAUCCUAUGGGUGAUUUGGCCCUGUUCAUUCUGAAAUAAAUAAACUAUGAUCAGGACCCUUAAGGUACUUUCUUUGGGCCUCCUUGACUGCAGGAGAUGCUAUCACUUGACAAGGACUGGGGGUUUGGAAGCAGCAAGACCUGGGUUCAAACCUUGGCUCUUCCUAAUUUGUGAC